AGUCCUCAGAUGUGUCCUGUCUUCUCACAGCGGAUGGUGCAGUUUUGCGGACCUAAUAGACCCGAGUGGCCGCUAACAAUGCUUCUAAUCAUGGAAAAAUAACUCAUUCUAAAAUUUACAAUGGAUAUCAAAGUCUCAGAUUAGGUUACCAAGGACGCGUAAAUUCUUGGCACCGUGCGUAAAAACGCGGAACUGUUUGGAUAAUAUACACACAGCAACAACCGGACUAUUUUUUUAUUUUAUUUUAUUUUUUUUAUAAACCGUGAAUUCAUUUCUUGAGGCCAGAUUUGUGAAGGCAUGAACUGGUACUUAGAAACACACCAGAGGUAAGCUACAGUGUUACAGUGCCGCUCCCUGAUUCAGCACCGGGUGAUGGAUAGCUCACCCGAGAGGAGACUCUAGGAGCGCGGAAACAGAAAGGUUCUCGCUCUCAUCCGGUCUUUAUCAGGACUAAAAGUGACAAGAGGCGACGUCGAUAUUGAGCUUCAGUAAAGUUAUUCAGCCAGCGUACCGUCAUACCCACUCCCCGCCCACAGAUAUAAACGCUGUAGUAACAGUAGUGGCGGUGAAGUUGUCCUGAUAUGCCUCCCAGCUGCGAAGAUGACAGAUUUUGCUCACACAUCACGGUUUCAAGAUAACGUUUUGACAGUGGACGGAAACGCCUCCGUGCUCUCCGGUGAAGUUGGACUCAUUACUGCCAGAGUACAAAAUGGGACACAACCACCUGUUCUCUGUCGGGACGGCUAUUCUCUGCUCGCUACUCCUGUGCCUGUCAGCUCUUUGUGACGAGAAGACCCACUCGCAUGCUGAGGAUGAUCUGUUCAAGACGCUGUUCGUUGGUUACAACAAGUGGUCCAGACCCGUGCCAAACAUCUCCGAUGUGGUCAUUGUCAAGUUUGGACUGUCCAUAGCGCAGCUCAUCGACGUGGAUGAGAAGAACCAAAUGAUGACAACCAAUGUGUGGCUGAAACAGGAGUGGAAUGACUACAAACUUCGCUGGAGACCGUCUGACUAUGACAAUGUGACGUCCAUCAGAGUCCCGUCAGAGCUCAUAUGGGUACCCGACAUCGUCCUCUACAACAACGCUGACGGUGAGUUUGCUGUGACCCACAUGACGAAAGCUCACCUGUUCCACACUGGUAAAGUUCGCUGGGUCCCUCCUGCCAUUUACAAGAGCUCCUGCAGCAUCGACGUCACCUUCUUCCCCUUUGAUCAGCAGAACUGCAAGAUGAAAUUUGGCUCCUGGACGUAUGACAAGGCCAAGAUCGAUCUGGAGCGGAUUGAAAACACUGUGGACCUGAACAACUACUGGGAGAGCGGUGAAUGGGCCAUCAUCAAUGCCGUGGGAACAUAUAAUACAAAGAAAUACGACUGCUGCCACGAGAUCUACCCAGACAUCACCUACUUCUUCAUCAUUCGAAGGCUUCCGUUGUUUUACACCAUCAACCUCAUCAUCCCCUGUUUGCUCAUCUCUUGCCUCACUGUUUUGGUUUUCUAUCUGCCCUCAGACUGUGGUGAGAAGAUCACCCUGUGCAUCUCUGUGCUGCUGUCCCUCACUGUUUUCCUUCUCCUCAUCACAGAGAUCAUACCGUCCACGUCCCUCGUUAUCCCGCUCAUCGGCGAGUACCUCCUCUUCACUAUGAUUUUUGUCACCCUCUCCAUCGUCAUCACCGUGUUUGUGCUCAACGUGCACCAUCGGUCUCCCAGCACUCACAAGAUGCCCCGCUGGGUCCACUCCGUGUUCCUGGACCUGAUCCCACGCUGGCUGUUCAUGCGACGGCCCGCGCCAGAUGGCCGACGUCGCAGGCUGUUGCUGCUCCAGCAGGCAGCUGUGGCGGAGCAGCGGCAGUGCCGGAUAGCCACGUACAAAUCUGGCAACUGCCUCAGCACCUCAGCUAACUGGUUAAAAGAUGGGACCACAUCAGACGACCCAGAGAGAAGCAGUUACGAGGAUUUAGAGCUAGGAACACUGACGUCAUAUUUCUCCUUCCGUCCUCCUUCGCCCAGACCUCCAGGAUCGACUCCUCCUCCACAACAGGAAACCCCACAGAACAGCCAGAACCGUCCAGAGGGGGCUGCAGUGGCAAACAGACAGUUAACAGGGCCCAGGGUCAAUCCCACUCAGAGGCCAGCUAAAGUUGAUAAUAAAGUAUCAGACUCAACAUUCCUGCUUUCACCAAGUGUUAUACGUGCUCUGGAAGGGGUGCACUACAUCGCAGACCAUCUGAGGGCUGAGGAUGCUGACUUCAGCGUCAAAGAGGAUUGGAAGUAUGUCGCCAUGGUGAUUGACCGCAUCUUCCUGUGGAUGUUCAUUAUUGUGUGCCUGCUUGGAACCAUUGGCCUAUUCCUACCCCCUUGGCUAGCUGGCAUGAUCUAGCUCUGGUGAGAAAGUAAUCACCACUAGUUAGUGAAGUUCAAAAUGUAGCUGAACUCUACUUAAAGACUGGGAAUGUGACGUGUAACAUGCUACAUUAGCGGCCUCAUGAGGCUAUAACGCUAAACCAAAUUAAAAAUGUUACUUAGGUUGACCUCAAUGCUAACAUUAGCAUGCUAACAUGCCCAGACUUUUAUUGGGAACUGUUAACUUAUGUUAGCAUCCUGAUGUUUAGCCCCUAAGAUUUGAUAUGUUAGCACGCUAAGAAAUGACAGUAUGUUAACAUGCCAAUGUUUAGAAUAUUGUCUCUUUAGCAUGUUGGUUAGUAUAACAUGCUAGUUAAAACAUGCAAUGCCAGCAUCAGUGCAGGGUAUGGUGUUAUAGUAAUAUGACUACUUUUUUCUGUAGUUUGAGGAAUUGUAGUUUCAACUUCAAUAACGUAAUUACAUCACAUUUACUAGUCAUUUUGGGAUCAAUAACGGAUAUUACUAGUGGUGCACUGAUACCACUUUUUUGCAGACCAAAGUACUUACAAGUACCUAUACUUCAUAUCUAGGAUAUAUAGGAUGAGCUGAGUAACUAGUGUUUAGUUACAGUGCAAGUAAAUUAAUGUGGCUACAUUUUCAAUUACCAAUAACAAAUCAAUUUGAUUACAUUUUUCAAGUAACUUGCCCAACAUUAGUCAGCGGCAUUAGUCUAAAAAUACUGAUGCUGACAGGAACACAUUCAGUACUUUAAGAUAUCCAGUCAUGAGCUGAAGUAGAAAUUUAGAUCCGUUGGUUGUGCCCAUUCAAGGGCAUUGUAAUGGAGCCAUCAACGUUAUUAGGAUUCAUCUUCUGUUAAUGUACCAAAUUUCUUGGCAAUCCAUCCAAGUUGUCAGUGUCAUUCAAAUGACAGAGUGACACAAACUAAAACUUUGUUCCACCUAUAAUGGGAUGGCUUUUCUCAACCUUCAAGUGGCAUGCUGUGCUAGGAAUAUAUAGUAUACUGGACACACUAACUGGGGUCAUGUGUGCUCGAAUUUCCUUUUGUUUUUUUUGUUUUUUUAAGUUUUCUGGCCAUGCUGUCAUGAUUACGCUUAUUUUGGAAUGAUCAUACUAUGUAAUAAAUACCCUCAUUAAAACCUUUAAAAGUA